AUGGAGGGGACCAGCAACACCAACACAAGCAACCACCACCGCCGCUGCCGGGACCGCCGCUCCCGCCCCCAGAACCUUAACCCCCAUAAGCGCAUCCGCGAAGAGGGCGAGAGCUCUGGUUCCGCCUGCAGCAUCUCCCCUGCGGCCCCCCCCGUCCGCCAGCCCUCCGAGGACGACGGCGGCGGGGAGACUGAGGCAGAGGGCGCGGCUGACGGCUUCGUGAUCCUCCUCGCCGAGCCCGUGCCGUCGAGGCGCGUGCGGGACGCGCACUGCCCGUCGCACGGAUCUGUAUCCCUAGUGGGAAGGCGGAGGAACAUGGAGGACGCAGUGGUCGAGGUGACGGGGUUCGCGGCGGGCGGGUACGGAUACUUCGCGGUGUACGAUGGGCACGGAGGAGCAACAGUAGCGCAGGCGUGCCGAGACAGGCUGCACGUGGCGGUCGCAGAAGAGGUGGGGCGGCGGAGGGCAGCGGGGGAGGGGGAGGGGGUGGACAUGUGGAGGCGGGCGUUGGUAGCGGGGUUCGCGCGGGUGGAUGCGGAGGUGAUGGGGGAGACAAGGCAGCUGCGACAGGGGAUGGUGGGGUCGACAGCGGUGGUGGCGGUGGUGGCGGAGAAGUGGAUAAUAGUGGCCAACUGCGGUGACUCCAGGGCUGUGCUCUCACGUGGCGGAGUGGCCGUGCCCCUCUCCAUCGAUCACAAGGUCUACUUCUUCCUUCCUAUUCCUUUCUUUCUCUAG